AUGACCUCUCUACCCCGCCAGGUCCUUGAAUGCGAGGACGUGAACCAAACAAGCCUCUCUUACAUCCUCAAUCAUGGCGGGAACCAAGUGCUCUGGGAUACCUGCCAGCUUAUAUGGGACACAGAAGACCUUCGAGACGUAUCACCAGUCGGCGAAAACCAGCCCCGGGCCCAUCCCAUCCAGAUGGCGGUUUACGGAAUACGAGGGAUUUUCGAAGACAGAUUUGCCGAACAGUACUACUUCCAAUUUCGAUACAUGAUUGAUCAUGGGUCUGGUCAGCCCUGUUACUCGGCGUGCGUGUCCGCGUCCGGUCCUAUCGGCGCAGAAGAUGCAGUGGACGUCAACGUCAACCUGACUCUGAAACGUCCUUGCGAAGAGCGUGUCGUACAAAAGGUCUUCGAAGAUAAUAUUCGGAACCUUACGAAUGCUGUCUUCUUUCUGGGUGUCCAGGCGGCCAUUCAUACAGCGGGAGUGAAGGCCAUUCGCGCGUGGAAACCGGAUAGGCAAGGGGCAAUGGACGUGACAUUGGAGCAGACCAAAAUUUAA